AUGCUCUCAAAUUCAAAUACUCGGAACCCAGAAUUCAAAAUAGGCAUCCUCGCUGCUUUGCCCCUGGAAGCCAAUGCUAUCAGAGGGAUAUUCGAUCAGAUCGAUGGCGAAGCAGCGGAAAACGAUGCAACCAACACUUCCGUUAAGGCUCCAAUGGACAUGAACUCGUAUACCACCGGCAAAAUCGCAAAUCACAGAGUUGUUCUCGCACACAUGCCGGGGAUGGGCAAGGUAAAUGCGGCAACAACAGCAGCGGGUAUAAGAGCAAGCUUUACAGAGCUGAAGCUUGUUCUGAUUGUUGGAAUCUGUGGCGGAGUUCCGCAAGCCCAAGAUCAGAUUCUGCUUGGCGAUGUUGUGAUCAGUAAGAACAUUGUACCUGCUGAGAAUGCGAUCUUCCACCCAUAUGACCCAGCGCCAGAAAUCUCUGAGCAACCACAAUUUGGAAGACCUACGUGGUUAGUGCGAUCGUUGUUAGCCAAGCUCGAGGACCAGAAGGAGGAUCUCGAGAAAAGAACAUGGAAACAUCUGGACUGUUUGCUCCGGAAGCCAGGUUUUGCACAGUCUCGGUAUCCAGGGGACAAGGAAGACCAGCUUUUCCUGCCGGACUAUAUGCACAAGCACCGCAACCCGCACGACUGCGACUGCGUCCAACCAGGGAAGUCUUGCACUAUUGCAAAGCACUCCUCGUGUGACCAGCUAGGCUGCGAGCCUGAGUAUCUGAUCCCUCGGGGCCGCGAUGAAAGCAAUACAACACUGCUGCUUCAUUUUGGCUCCGUUGCAUCUGGAGAUCAGGUCUUAAAAUCCGGCCAGCACCGCGACAGAGUUGCAAAGACAAAGAAUGUUAUUGCGUUUGAGAUGGAAGGAGCAGGGGCUUGGAACUAUCUACCAUGUCUCAUUAUCAAGGGUGUGUGUGACUACGCAGAUAGCCACAAGAACAAGAAGUGGCAAAGACAUGCCGCAGCUGCUGCUGCGGCCUGUGCACAAGCCGUGAUAGAUCUAUGCGAGAGCUCUAUAGAGCAGGAUGAAGAAAUGACACCAUUACAGCAAAGAUCAGUAUCACAAUCUCGCGUCUUAUGUCGUGACGACCUAAUAGGGUUCAACGAACAAGCAUAUUUGCAAAUCGAACCAGCUGAGGAAAUGGCCACCGUAAAAGCUAUACGAGGCGGCCCCACUCUGUUCGACAAGCUUCCCUAUACUUCAGAGGCGGUUCAUAACCACUAUGAUAGACAGCAUGACCCCUUAUGUCUCGAAGGGACUAGGACGGCCGUUCUCGAAGAUAUUCACGCAUGGGCCAAUACCCAUAGCAGCGAGACCAUAUACUGGCUAAUUGGAUGGGCAGGAACAGGCAAGUCGACAAUAGCUCGAACGCUUGCUCGUAGUUGGAGUGCUCAGGGUCGCCUUGGGGCAACCUUCUUCUUCGAUAAGGCUUCAGGCGGUGGCAAGCGCAGCACACGCGAAUUCAUCACCACUAUUGCUUACCAACUUGCUAGUGAAUUUCCAGUCCUCAUGUCUUUUAUCUCAGAAGCAAUGGCUAAGGACCCUUAUCUUUGCUUCAAGUCCUUUGGGGAUCAGUGUCAAAAGCUAAUCUUGAGACCUAUAUCAAGAGCUCGAUUUGCUUUCAAUGGACUGCCGAUUGCGCUCAUUGUUGAUGCUCUUGACAAUUGUGAAACAUCUGAGAUCGGUAUCGCCAUUCGCUUGCUCGAGGAUAUCAGUUCGGCUGGUGUACGAGUCUUCAUAUGUAGUAGGAUGACACCUACCAUAACUUUCCACAGACGAUGCGAACAUGAUAGUCGUUACCGUGCUUUUGAGCUGCAAGCCAUCCCCCGAGAAAUCAUUGAUCGGGAUAUUUCGCUCUUCUUGCAGCGAGAGCUACAACAGCUGAACGCAAAUUUGGAAGAGGCAGAUAACCUUCGAAAGCUGGUUGAUAAAACCGGAGGCAACUUCCUGUGGGCGUCAAUGGCUGUCAGGUAUAUUCGAGCAGUUCCUGGGCUAUGUGGCCGAAGAUUAUCAAUGCUGCUCCAGUCUGGCGCCACGAUGUCACCCAUCGAAGCUCAACUUGACGACGUGUACCUUGACAUUCUGAGAGAUGCAAUGCCAUCAAACCUGAGCAGCGAGGAGAGCAGCAUAUACGAUGGCUUGUUGCGACGCUACCUGGGCGUUAUAGUUGUGCUGUUCAAGGAGAUUUCUCCCGCUUCAUUCUAUCAACUAAUCGACCUAUAA